AUGAGCGUGGAGCGUCUGGCGAGUGUGACGCUGAAAAACGUCUCCAACCAAUACUUUAUGCUCCGCGCCAUGUACCGUUUUUCGGGCCAACAAACCGUUUCGAGCAAAUGGCACAUGAUGGCUCCUCGUCAGAUUUCGCCGGCGGCCAUCCACAAAAUCGCCUACUACACGGGAUGCCCUUACGCGUCCGAAUUCCGACUUCACGGCAUCAGGUACACGGUUUGUGGCGGUAAGUGAUAAAAAUUGGGCAACGACCGCAAAAUUCACGGCGACCAAAAGUGUAGAAAGGGGCGUGGCCUAAUCUGAGACGCGUUUUCUGAAAAUUGCCGCAAUUUCAGCACACUUUUCCGCCAUUUUUGUGUUUUAUAUCGACGAAAAAAGACAUUAAAGAGAGAAAAGAUUGAAAUUUUCGUGAAAACGCCGCGUUUGAGACGUUUUUGGCAUAUUUCGCAAUACGCUCUCCGUGGCCAUUCUCUCUUAAUUUCAAGCUUGAAAUUAAGAGAGACUAAAAACAGUGCCGAUUCAGUUACUUCAUUGUAAGAAAUGCAGAAAGCGCGGAAAAAAAUCGGAAUUAGUUUUAAAAAAAAAUGCAUUUUUAGGCCUAUUCUACAAUUUCUCACGGAUAUUCCUUUAUUUUGCCGCUUAAUUCGUUAAAAACUACUUUAAAAAAUUAAAAAAUUCAAUUAUGAGCUCAACAAGACCGAAAAAUGCGAAAACCCUUAUAUACAACUAUAACAAUUGGGGAAAACGCUAAAAAGUUUGCAGAAAACAAUGUUGUCCACGAGGAGUCCAAAACUUCGUGGCCUAGGAAUUCCUCUUCAAAACUUUUCUUGAGAAAGUUUGAGAAUUGCUUAGAAAAGUUUCAGAAAGUUUGAAAUAAUUUCGGCAAGAAAAAGUCUGCGAAUUUCUUCAAAAAGGUUAAGAAAGGCUUAGAAAAGUUUUUAGUGCUUUGUCAGAAAGUUUGAAAAGGUCUUGGAAAAGUUUUCUUCUAGAGAAAGUUUGAGAAUGUCUUCAGAAGAGCCAAGAAAAGUUUGAAAUUUUACCUGAGCGGCCGAUCUGGAUAAUUUUGAGACGAAGUGAGUGUCGGAAGUGAUUAAGCACGUUAAUACAAGUAUUUUAAGCGUUCAAACGGCAAAAAGUAUCGGCGAAUGACUGAAAUUCGCGCAUUUUCAGCACAAAACUUGAAAAUCGCAUCAAUUAAUUCAUUUCUGAAUGAAACCUGCUCGUUUUAAGCUCAAAAAGUGCGCGCGAUGAUUAGUUUAACAAAGUUAUGCAACUAAAUCGUCGAAAUCGUACAAAAUUUGGGUAAUUUUUUACGAAAAACAUGAAAAAUAGGGGGUUAAAUUUCGAAUUUCGAAUUUCGCGCCAAAAUGGUGAUAAACCGACCACGCCCCCUUUCUAUUUUACGUUUUUGGUCGCCGUGAAAUUGAAAGCUUCAGAAUCGGAGCCGCUUUGCGUGAGAUUCGACGGAAAGCACUUGCGGAUGGACGAUAUUCAUUUGAUGGCCAACGGAAAGUGGGUGCGUCACGAGCUCAUCGAUUCGGAUGAAAACCAGAAAGUUGUGGUGUGCGUCGGUUUGCCAGAAGUUCACAUCGUCAGUGCGGCGGCGUCGACGUCUAAAUUGUUUGUGAGAGGUGCCUUUGUUUGAUGAGGUUCUCCUCGAAUUUGGCCUGAAACGCAUUCUAAUGAAACCAAUAAUAAACGGUGUGCCUCCUUCUCCUUCUUCUUCUUCUUCUUCUUCUUCUUCUUCUCCCUCUCUCUCUCUUUCUCCUUCGUUCGGAGCACUCACUCGGCUCCGCGCCCUUCUCAUUUAUUGACGUUUUUCGCCGUCCGCCACGAUGGAGCAAAUGUUGGCGAUUCCGUCGCCGAGCGUUUUUGCCCUCCACAUACCGUUCGGCUACUUCUACAAUCAACUGCUGCUCUUCGUCAACUGGCAACAAUUGCGCGUUCACGUCGUUUUCGGCACAUGCACCAUGCUCAUCUUCGGUCUUUGGGUUCGUUUGUGUCUUGCCGACGUUUCGCAACUCGUCCGAUUUUCAGUACAAAUGCAUCUACCCGCAAACGAAGGCGUUGUACGAUCUGUUGUGCAAUCAUCCGUACACCGAAGCGGACCUCCAGUACAACCCGUGUCUCGACGAUGAAUACGAGGGAUACGGAGUGUACGACGACGAUCAUUUCGUCGAUACGGACGGAGUGGAGGCCUACGUGGUCACCGCUUGGCGACAAGAAGAAGAAGAAGAGGAGGUGGAUCGGAAAAGAGAACGAAAAGAGGGUCCAGAGGUCGUUGUUUGGCUUUGA